CUCUCCGGCCCCUCCUCUGUGGCCCUUCCUCCAUCACGUGACCGGACCCGGUGACGUCACUGUUUGCGGAAGUGCCGGUGUCCCCGUGCCCAUGGAGCUGCUGUUCGGGCGCCGGAAGACGCCGGAGGAGCUGCUGCGGCAGAACCAGCGGGCGCUGGGCAGGGCCGUGCGGGAGCUCGACCGCGAGCGGCAGAAACUCGACGCGCAGGAGAAGAAAAUCAUCGUGGACAUCAAGAAAAUGGCCAAGCAGGGGCAGAUGGACGCCGUCAGGGUGAUGGCCAAGGACCUGGUCCGGACCCGGCGCUACAUCCGCAAGUUCAUCACGAUGAGGGCGAACGUCCAGGGCGUGUCCCUGAAGAUCCAGACCCUCAAAUCCAACAGCUCCAUGGCCACGGCCAUGCGCGGCGUCACCAAGGCCAUGGCCACCAUGAACAGACAGCUGAAGCUGCCCCAGAUCCAGAAGAUCAUGCUGGAAUUCGAGCGCCAGGCCGAGAUCAUGGACAUGAAGGAGGAGCUGAUGAACGACGCCAUCGACGACGCCCUCGGGGACGAGGACGACGAGGAGGAGAGUGACGCCGUCGUGUCCCAGGUCCUGGAUGAGCUGGGGCUGAACCUCACAGAUGAACUGGCCACUCUGCCCCCCCCGGGGGGGUCCCUGGCGGCGGGGGAGGGGCGGGGGGGUGCCGAGGCCGCGGCUGCUUUGGCCGACGCCGACGCCGACCUGGAGGAGAGACUGAAGAACCUGCGGCGGGACUGAGACCCCCCCGGACCCCCCUGGGGGGCUGUGACCCCCCCCGGGGCAGUCUGACCCCCCCGGGGGGGAUUCACCCCCUUUUUUUUGGGCUUUUCUGGCAUUUUUGGGGGUAUUUUGGACCCUCCCCGGUGGUCUUGGCCCCCCCCCCCCCAAGGUGGCUCAGACCCCGCCCCAAGGGACCCCCGUGGGUGUCUGACCCCCCCCCCCGGGGGGAUUUGCCCCCUUUUUCUGGGUUUUUUACUCUUUUUUGGGGGGUAUUUUUAGGGUAUUUUUGUGGGGUCCCCCCGGAGGACUUCCCCCCCCCCUUUUUUGGGUUCUUGCCUCUGUUUUGGGGUAAAUUCCUCCCUUUUUUGGGGUCUUUCCACCCCCCUGGGGGAGUCUUUCCACCCUUUUAUUUGGAUUAUUAACACUAUUUUGGGGUCUUUCCCCCCCCAUUUGGGGUCUUUUCCCCCCCAUUUUGGGGUCUCCCCCCCGGGGCAAUAAAGGCUCGUUGGACCCGCG